AUGUCGACAGUCACUUUGACAGAGGGCACUCAGCCCCAAGCCAAAGACAUUGCAUCGCGUCUGUUGAAUGGCACACUUCAUGCUCAGUGGCCCAACAUCGAGGAAUUCCUGACUAUCGACAACCUAUUGAAAUCCCACGCCGCUCAGCCAGAUGAUGCAAAGCGACCGCUGAUAUGCUAUCCAAUCCGUGGAGCCGCUGAUUUUGAAGAACACACAGCCGGAGAUGUCGAUCGCUAUACUGAUGUCGCUGUUCGCUAUUACAUGGGACAGGGGCUUCCACCGGCGGAUCCAAGUCUCGAGAAGGCACCAGUCGUGGCUAUGCUCGCUGGAUCCAGUUUUGAGGUGAUAGUCACACAGUUCGCACUUAAUCGCCUUGGUUACGCUGUGCUCUUCUUAUCCACGCGACUCACAGCUCCAGCUUAUGCGCGGCUACUGGAUAUGGCAGACUGCAGACAAAUAAUUAUCAAUAAGCAAUACCAGAAGGUCGUCAAUGAAGUUUGCGUCGAGCGUCCUGAUUGCAAGAGUUUCUUUCUACUACAACGUGAGAAUUGGUUCAACCGUCCUACCAGCUCACUACGCUUCGAGCGAGCCGGUAUGGAUGUAUUCCGAGAGGGCAAGAAAAUUGCCUGGAUCUUGCAUUCAUCUGGAAGCACGGGAUUCCCCAAGCCCAUCUUCCUGACCAACCUCCAAACCCUGGCCAACUUCCGCAAAAGCUUCGGACUCCGUCUUUUCAAUAUCAGCCCGCUUUUCCACUCACAUGCCUUGAUGGAAUUUGGCCGUGCCUUCUAUUCUCGUGCAACGACAUACCUUGGAAAUCACUCUCUUCCAGUCACAUACCAGAACCUGUUCGAUGCACUGCAGGUAGCCAAGCCACAGCAAAUCAGUGCUGUGCCAUAUGUUAUCAAGCUGCUAGCAGAGAAACAAGAAGGCAUCGAAGCACUAGCUCGCCCACAGUUGGUACUUUAUGGCGGAUCUAGCUGUCCAGAGGACCUCGGCGACCGACUUGUUGCACAGGGUGUGAACCUGGUUGCCAAUUACGGAGCGACAGAGACUGGGCAGAUCAUGACUUCUUUCCGCUCCCCAGGAGAUAAUGAAUGGCAGUACAUGCGGCUACACCGUCCGGUUGCUGAUUACACCCUGAUGGAUGAGAUCUCACCUGGCGUUUUUGAGUGUGUUUCUUUGGAUGGACUGCCUAGCAAGGGACCUUCAAACUCGAAGCCCCCCUUCGGCGCGAAGAACCCUGAAAACAGCUUCAGAACAGCCGAUCUAUUUACAAGACACCCCGACCCGGAGAAAAGCAACCGAUAUAAAUACCUCAGUCGACUGGAUGAUCGAAUCACAUUGGUCAAUGGAGAAAAAGUACUCCCCCUUCCCAUCGAAGGCCGCGUUAGAGAAGAGCCGAUCGUGAGCGAAUGUGUUGUGUUUGGCUUCCAGCGGACUGUGCCUGGUGCUUUGAUCUUCCGCGCCCCUGGUAAAGCAACAAACUUGAACGAUGACGAAUUCCUGGAGGCUAUCUGGCCAGCGGUUGAGGCGGCAAACGCCCGUGCCGAGACAUUUUCUCGAAUUCCCAAGGAGUUGAUCGUGAUCAAGGGCGCCGAUGUGCCAUACGCAAAGACUGACAAGGGAACUUGCAUCCGCGCUCAAGUCUAUCAACAGUUUGAGGAGAAUAUCACAGAGGUGUAUGCCAAAUUCGAAGGGAGUGGCCAGACGAGAGGCACUCUUGCCCUCGAUGUACCAGAAUUAGAGAAUUGGCUGCUAGCAAGGUUCCACGAAGAUCUGGGCAUCUCACUGCCUAGCGCGGAGGCCGAUAUCUUCUCGACUGGCGUUGAUAGCUUGCAAACGACACAGAUUUGGAGGUAUAUCAUGCGGGACCUCGAUAUUGGCGAGGUUGGACAGCUGUCCCAGAACAUUGUUUUCGAGAAAGGAACUGUCAGCGCACUCGCGAAACAUCUUUAUCAGAUGCGUACAGGCCAGGAAUUCGAGCAAGAGGACGAGCUGCAUGUCAUGCGCGAGCUGAUCGAGAAAUACUCACACUUCACUCAGCACUUCCCGACUAUCACCCAACAGCCAGAGAGAGAGGUUGUGAUGGUCACCGGCGCAACAGGCAAUCUGGGAGCCUUUAUUGUUGCAGAGUUACUCAAACGACCAACUGUCUCAGAAGUAUGGGCAAUUGUGCGCGCACCAGGACAAGCAGCAGCAGGAGCCCGUCUAUACAAGUCGCUCGCCGACCGCAAUAUCGAGCUCACAGACGCCCAGGCAGCCAAGCUUCACGCAGUGCCUAGUGACUUAUCCCAGCCUAACAUCGGUCUAGACGACCACGUUCUUCAACACCUCCUGUCAGCCUUGACAUGCGUGAUUCACAGUGCGUGGGCUGUAAACUUCAACCUUAGCAUACGCUCCUUCGAGCAGCAGCAUAUUCGCGGAACAUGGAAUCUAAUCAAUCUCUGCCUACGCUCUCACCUUCCCAAGCCAGCGCGAUUCUUCUUCUGCUCAAGUGUCAGUGCUGGUAGCAAUACCCCAAAGCCGGCAUCAAUCCCCGAGGCCAUGAUUGAGAACCUGGAGCAUGCUCAGCGUAUCGGCUAUGGACGAUCAAAAUUGGUCACUGAACACAUCACCCGCAAUGCCAUGCGUGAGAAUGGUAUGCAGUCCCGCGUACUGAGAAUCGGCCAGCUUGGUGGUGAUACUGCCAGCGCACAAUGGAACGAGACGGAGGCUAUAGCACUCAUGUUCCGCAGUGCAUUGACAACAGGUGCAUUACCAAGAUUGGAUGAGCGGCCGAGCUGGCUCCCCGUUGAUCAGUGCGGACAGGCAAUUACGGAUAUUGCGAUGAAUGUUGACUCUGCGUCGACGGACAUCAACUUGGUGUAUCAUCUGAUCAACCCGCAAACAUUCAGCUGGAGAGAUGACUUGCUUUCUGCAUUGAAGAAGGGUUGCGCCUUGCCAGACUUUGAAAUAGUUUCCCCGCAGGAGUGGCUUCAAAGACUUGCAAGUAGUGAGCAGGACCCGGAGAAGAAUCCGAGUAUCAAGCUUAUUGAUUUCUGGCAAUCUAAAUAUGCGACUGCCAGCCCGAGCCAGGAUCAGAACCAGGCGGAUGCUAAGAUAGGUGCUGGGUUGACUUUUGAGUCUGAGCGUACGAUCCUUGAUAGCCCUUCUUUGGCGCUGGUUAAGGAUCCUGUUAGUGCGGGAUUGGUACAGCGAUAUGUUGAAGCUUGGAUGAGGAGGUGGACUGGCCAAUAG